AUGGACAUGGCAUUCUGUCACGCAGCCGAAGCAUUCAUGGCGACUCACGAACCAUCAACGCAAACAGCACACCUUCGCGCCGACCUCCAGUGGUUUGUCGCCGCAUUUUAUAUGACAAGUCAAGGACUCCUGGUGCAACAACAGUUGCUCAUACUCCAUAACUACUACAAUCUUGACGGCUUGCUUGAAGACGGCAUACUCGACUCCACACGCAUGAAUGUGACAGCACACCUUCAGAGUCUCGCGCCAGCUACGCACCCCUCCAGCAACCUUUCUGUACUCCUUCUGCUCGCACAGGCUUUAAGCCUUCCGCUCCAAUACACUCAAACCCAGUCUCCACCUGCCGGGAAUGUUCCAUACAACAACGAAAUGUCUGGUAACGUCAACGUCUCAUCAGAACCGGCGGAGCCGGGAACAGAAGUGACAGAAGGAGCCUGCACAGACAAACCACCCUCAUGCCAGGUGAAAGACUCCGACGCCGUGCCCUCAGGGCUCCCCUUGCGCACGACAUCUCUCAACAAAGCCGGUAACGUCCAUGUGCUCAACCUUCCUCCACUACCCAAACACCACCAUCCCCACAAUCCGGAGCGUUGCCAUCCACCGAACCUAGAACGCGGGUUCAGCAUAGACCACAGAGACAAGGACUGGAUGUACAAGUGCGACGAGUGUGGACAUGCCGUCCGCUAUCGCGACGAAUUUCAGCGACACUUCGAUCGUCAGCCGGGGUUCGCAACGGAUUUCAGGUCGUGA